CUGACCUCACGAUUAGCUAUAUAUUGUGGCCAGCGGUUCGCCUGAGCUGCAUCUUCGCUCCCGCGGCUGGCUGGACGGAAGAGACCCGCAAAGUUAGGACCAUGGUGUGCCGGACACUUCUCGCCGUGUUUGCCCUUGUGGCAGCGGCUCAAGGACAGAGUUGCGUCUUCCCGUUCACGUAUCAUGGCGGCGUCUUCAACAGCUGCACGUCUGUUGACUCCGAUGUGGCGUGGUGCUCCACAGACGCCGUGUACGUAGGGAACUACAUCAACUGCGACGAACGCUACUGCUCGUUCCCGUUCACGUAUCACGGGAUGACGUUCACGACCUGCACCAUGUAUGACGACGACCGCCCCUGGUGCUCCAUCGAUCCACAGUACGGGUCGGACCACGUGUACUGCAGCGACGGCGCAGCGGUGCUCAGCGUGGACACAGAAGUUGACAAACCAGCUGGAUGCCACUUUCCGUUUGUGUACAAUGGUGUGACCUACACCACCUGCACCGUGAUGGACAGCAGCGACCCCUGGUGUUCCCUGGACCAUGUGUAUGACGGCGACUGGGCCUGGUGUACCGAAGGGGACUGCGUCUUCCCGUUCGAGUACAACAACCAGACGUACGACUCGUGUACCCUGGACGGCACAGGCGACUUCCCCUGGUGCUCCAUGACGCCUGUGUUUGAAGACAAUUGGGUGUACUGCGAGGGCGGUGGGUGCGGCGGUACAUUGAAGGACGCCCAGGGACGAGUGGAGUCGCCCAACUAUCCUGUCGGUUACCCUGACAACCAGGACUGCAAAUGGCUCAUCCAGCCGCGUGGAGGCCUUGCCUCGGUCAGCUUCGGCGACUUCUCUCUGGAGGCCAGCGGUAGCCUGUUCUCCACCUGUCCGUUUGACUAUGUCCAAGUCACUGCAUUGGACGGAACAGACACCGGCCAGCACUGCGGUACAGAUCCCCCUGCAAACGUCACCUCUCAUACAGACAUUACCAUCCAGUUUGUGUCGGACUCCAGCAUCAACAGUCGCGGGUUCUAUUUCUACUACACAGUGGAGGGCGGCGCGCCCGGGACACAGGCGUGUGGAGGAGAACUGACGGGGACCAGCGGCGAGGUCCAGUCUCCCGGCUUCCCGGCGCACUACGACAACAACGUGGACUGUAUAUGGACCCUGCCUCCCCGUGAAGGGACCAGCGUCACACUCACCUUCGCAGAGUUCACCCUGGAGCACGUGGAGGAACACGAGCUGGGGCAGUACUCAGGCUGUAUCUACGACUUCGUGGAGAUCUUCGACGGUCCGACUCGCCUCGGCCGGUGGUGUGGGGAGAAGGCUCCAGAUCCAGUCACCUCCACUAACGGACUAAAGAUCCGCUUCAAGACGGACGACCAUACAGUGGAUUCCGGAUUCAAGUUCUCCUAUCAGUACAGCGCCUGAAUAAGCAGAGGUGGACUUUCCAAAGUGAACCCAGAUUCGACCAUGACUUGGUGCGUCUUUGAUCCUGUCUGAUGGAGAUUUGUGAUGUAUUAAAUGGUGGAAUAUAGAACAGUUGAUAU